CUCAUUGCAAAUCACAUUUGACUUCUUGAAGGGUAUACUUUUUCUUCUGCGUAUACACUUUUAAUUAAAGCUGGCAAUUAAAGCCAGAGAAGGCGUUUAAUUGCAGCCAACUACAAUGCGUAAUGUGCCGAAAUCACUCGGCGUAUUAGUUACAACACCUGGCGGGAGCGCAGCUGGAGGAGGCACCACAAACAGUGGUAUAUCGACAAGUGGCAGACACAAUAGCUUGGAGGACAUCAAUCUGGAUCAAUUUCUGAAGACCAUCAACUAUGAGGACACGGUCAAGCAGCUGGACAUUUACUAUGGCAUCGUUAAACGCCAACUGCUGCGCUACCAGAGUCCCAUCACUGGCCUGUUUCCGGUGAUGAGCACCGACCAAGUCGUGGGUUCGGUACGGGACAGUGUCUACUGUGCAGCGGCAGUAUGGAGCUUGUAUCAGGCGUACAGGCGCAUUGACGAUGAUCGCGGCAAGUCCUACGAGCUUGGCCAGAGCACAGUCAAGUGCAUGCGCGGCAUUCUGGAGUGCUGGGUGAAGCAGGCGGCGCGCGUGGAGCUCUUUAAGCAGCGUCAGUCCAAUCAGCAUGCGCUGCACAGCAAAUUCCAACUGCACACGGGCGAGAAGAUAUAUCCCGAUGAGUUCUACAAUCACUUGCAAAUCGAUUGUGUCUCCUUGUAUUUGCUGUUUCUGGUGCAGAUGAUCACAUCGGGACUGCAGAUCAUAUACACGCACGAUGAGGUGGCCUUUGUGCAGAAUCUGGUUUACUAUGUGGAGCGCGCGUAUCGUACGCCCGACUUUGGCAUGUGGGAGCGCGGCUCCAAGUACAACAAUGGCACACCAGAGAUACAUGCCUCCUCCAUAGGCAUGGCCAAGUCCGCUUUGGAGGCCAUCAACGGCUGCAAUUUGUUUGGCGAGAAGGGCGCCUCCUGGAGCGUCGUCUACGUGGAUAUUGAUGCACACAAUCGCAAUCGCAGCAUCUUCGAGACGAUGCUGCCGCGUGAAUCUAGCUCCAAGGGCGUGGAUGCUUCGCUGUUGUUGACACUGUCUUUCCCAGCCUUUGCCUCACACGAAGAUCGCCUCGUGGAGCAGACCAAGCAGAAUGUCGUCAAUCGCCUGCGUAGCAAAAUGGGCUUCAAGCGCUUUACCCGCGACGGCUUCCUCAGCAAAGCAGAGGACAAGACGCGACGCUAUUAUCAGCCUGGCGAGCUGAAGGAGUUCGAGGGUCUUGAGUGCGAAUGGCCACUGUUCUUCAUAACCAUGAUCAUCGACGGCGUCUUCAAGAACAACAAUGAGCAGAUUGAGGAGUACCAAAAUGAUUUGCGCCGCUGCCUGCACACCGACGCCAACGGAGAUCCCGUCGUGACCAUGUACUAUGCCCCCGACGGCGAGGGCUCCUAUAUGCGUGCGCCCUCGCAAUCCCUGUUCCUCUGGGGUCAAUCGUUCUUCAUCAUCGCCCAGCUGCUAACAGCUGGACUGCUGCACAUUAACGAGCUGGACCCCAUCAGGCGCUAUUUGCCCAGCUACAAUCGUCCACGGCGUGCGGGUCGCUACUCCGCAUUUCAGGGCAAAGCUUUCGAUGAUAAACACAAAGCUAAACCGGGCACUGGCACCGCCACAGAUCUAGUGGUGCAAAUCGUGCUCAUCGCUGAGUCGAUGCGCCUGCAGGCCAUGAUGGCCACCUAUGGCAUACAAACGCAAACCCCUCAUGAGGUGGAGCCCGUGCAAAUCUGGAGCUCAACGGAGCUAAUCAAGGUCUAUCAGCAUCUGGGCGUCAAUCACAAGGUCGGCCUCUCGGGUCGCCCCUCGCGUCCCGUUGGCUCGCUCGGCACCAGCAAGGUCUAUCGCAUCUGCGGCAUGACCGUGCUCUGCUAUCCGCUCAUCUUUGAGGUGUCGGACUUCUAUCUGUACCGCGAUAUGGCCCUGUUGAUUGACGACAUCAAAACAGAGCUGCAAUUCGUGGGCAAGUAUUGGCGUCUGUCGGGCCGGCCCACUGUUUGCCUGCUGAUACGCGAGGAGCAUAUGCGCGAUCCGCAGUUCAAGGAGAUGCUGGAUCUGCUGGCCAUGCUGAAGAAGGGCUACUGCGACGGCAUGAAGGUGCGCAUCGGCCGACUACAGAAUCUCAUCAGCAGCUCGUGCAUUGAGCACUUGGACUUCAUGAACCAAAACGAUCUGACAGACAACGAGAAUGCCUUUUCGCAAAUCAAUCACGAGUAUAUAGGCUAUCAGUCGCUUACAGAUGUGCCCAAGGCACUCACCUAUGUGGAGGAGAAGAUCUCCGUAGCACAUUUCGACAGCAAACCCACGCCGGAUAUCAUAAAUGCUUUGCGCAGCACCGAGUCCAUCUACUGCCUGUGCCAGCUGUGGGGCAUUCUGCUCAACCGCGAGGGCCCCCACUUCGAGGUGAACGGCCUCAAUGUGAGCACGGCCUUGACGCAGCUCUAUCAUCGCGCUGGCUCGCUGCGAUAUUGGCGCGCUGUGCGCUACUGUUCCUCGUUAUUGCACCAUAUUGUGGACUCCAUCAGUCCGUUUAUCACCACUGUGCUGGUGAAUGGCAAGGAGCUGACCGUUGGCAUCAUCGGCCAGAAGGAAACGGUCUUCGAUAAGCCGAUGACCCCAGCGGAAAUUCAGAAUGUGAUGUACACUAGUGUGCAGCCCUAUGAUGUCAUCCAGGCUGUGCUGCAGCAGGAGGUGGUUCUCUAUUGCGGUCGUCUGAUUGCCACCAAUCCGUCCAUGUUUCGUGGCAUCUUGAAAAUACGCAUUGGCUGGGUGCUAGAGGCCAUGCGCAUCUAUCUGCAAAUCUCUGGCCAGCAGAGCAUCGAUGUGGACAAUCUGUCGCCUUUCCAGGUGCGCAUUCUGCUGCAGAAGGUGCUCACAGUCAGCGAGUGGGCUGUCGAAGAAAAGCUCACCACGCUGCAGCGCCGCCAGCUGGAGGGUUGCCUGUGCCGUGUGCCUAAGCACUUCUACAACAAGAUCUGGGAGAUUCUGCAGCGCACUCCACAGGGCAUUCUAACGCAGGGACAUCAUCUGCCUGCCACACCCACACUGACGAGCAUGAGUCGAGGCGAACUGACGUUCAAUUUGCUUGUGGAAGAGACACUAAUCUGUAUCGAUCGGCCCGAACGGCGGCAGAUAACCGUGGAGCUGCUUUGCAUUGUGGCCACCAUACUGAAUCGCAAUCCCGAGCUGCAUUUCAAGCAGGCGCUUGAUUUGGAUGGCAUCAUUGCCGAGGCCUUUGCCAUGUACUGCAAGGACAACAACAUACAGAAACAGCCCCAGUCGUCGGAGCAGCAGGGCCAGGCCCAGAGCCAGCCCAACAAGCAGGAAGAUCUGACCGCCUUCUAUUCGCUGCCCUAUUCGGAGACCACCGGCUACUUGGCCCGCGCAGCUGUCAAUAAAGUUCUGCAGGGCGGGGUCUUUUCCACAUCCGAGGAUGAUGUGCAGCUCGACGGGGAUCACUUGCACGAUGACAAUUGCAAGGUCUCCUAAGAUAUUUCGCUUAGCUUUUGUACAUAGCAUAUCUUGUUGACCAAAAGGCGAAAAUACUUGUACCACUAUCCAAAGUAAUUCGAAUUUUAUAGCCUGUUCUGUUUUGAUUUUAAUAUGUGCUACAUACCUAUUCAUCUUCUUGUCCUGUUAGUUUUAAUUAAAUGUUAUCUAUAUAAAUAA